AUUCUCUAAACCCCGCCGCCCCAGCGCUGGCGGCGGGGUCCAGUACGCAAAGUGCGGGAGCGGGAAGGUGCAGCGCGCAGGCGCGGCGGCCCGGCCGCGGGGGGGAGGAGAGAGGAGCAUGAAUGGAGCAAAAUGGCGGAUCAUGUGCAGAGCUGUUGUAUUGGGAAAAUGUGAUGGAGACCUUCUGAUAACAUCUGUCGUUUGGAUGAAUGGAGGCGCAGAGUUAAGAAGGGAAAACUUGAGACUGAAAUCAAGAAAAAUGACUGUUUCCCAUAAAAAUAUGGCAUAUAGUGCGCACAACCUGAAGUAUGAAAUUGGAAGCCUAGCCCAGCUCGAGAACCUGUGCAAGCAGCUGUACGAAACUACAGACACCGCAACGCGGCUCCAGGCAGAAAAAGCCUUGGUCGAGUUCACCAACAGCCCCGACUGUCUGAGCAAGUGCCAGCUCCUCCUUGAAAGAGGAAGUUCCUCCUACUCCCAAUUAUUGGCAGCUACAUGCCUUACAAAACUUGUGUCACGAACAAACAACCCUCUGCCAUUGGAACAGCGAAUAGACAUUCGGAACUAUGUGCUCAACUACCUUGCCACCAGGCCAAAGUUGGCAACUUUUGUAACGCAAGCACUAAUUCAGUUAUAUGCCAGGAUCACAAAGUUGGGCUGGUUUGACUGUCAGAAGGAUGAAUAUGUCUUCAGAAAUGUGAUCACAGAUGUCACAAGGUUUUUACAGGAUAGCGUAGAACACUGCAUCAUAGGAGUGACAAUUCUGUCUCAGCUAACGAAUGAAAUUAAUCAAGUAAGUGCUACAGCCUUCUUCAGUGAAGCGGACACCACCCAUCCCCUGACCAAGCACAGGAAAAUAGCCUCUUCGUUCCGAGACUCGUCUUUAUUUGAUAUCUUCACGCUUUCGUGUAACUUACUGAAACAGGCUUCAGGGAAGAACCUGAACUUGAAUGAUGAAAGCCAGCACGGCCUGCUCAUGCAGCUACUCAAGCUCACACACAAUUGCCUGAACUUCGAUUUCAUUGGCACAUCAACAGACGAGUCCUCAGAUGAUCUCUGCACAGUGCAGAUUCCAACCAGUUGGAGAUCAGCAUUCUUGGAUUCCUCGACCCUACAGUUGUUUUUUGACCUGUAUCAUUCCAUUCCUCCAUCGUUUUCACCUCUGGUCUUGUCCUGCUUAGUCCAGAUAGCUUCUGUCCGCAGAUCCCUUUUUAACAAUGCAGAGAGAGCAAAGUUCCUGUCUCAUCUCGUUGAUGGCGUUAAACGAAUACUGGAAAACCCCCAGAGUUUGUCAGACCCAAACAAUUACCAUGAGUUCUGCAGGUUGCUGGCUCGAUUAAAAAGUAACUAUCAACUGGGAGAGCUGGUGAAGGUGGAAAACUACCCUGAGGUCAUCCGACUUAUUGCCAACUUCACCGUGACCAGCCUACAGCACUGGGAGUUUGCACCGAACAGCGUACAUUAUCUGCUAAGCCUUUGGCAGCGGCUGGCAGCAUCAGUGCCAUAUGUUAAAGCCACAGAGCCUCAUAUGCUAGAAACAUACACUCCAGAGGUCACGAAAGCUUACAUCACGUCCAGGCUGGAGUCUGUGCACAUCAUACUGAGAGAUGGGUUGGAAGAUCCACUAGACGACACUGGCCUUGUGCAACAGCAGUUAGAUCAGCUGUCCACCAUUGGUCGGUGUGAGUAUGAAAAGACCUGUGCUCUCCUCGUACAGCUCUUUGACCAGUCGGCCCAGACUUUCCAGGAGCUGCUACAGAGCGCCACUGCCAGCCCCAUGGACAUCGCAGUGCAGGAAGGGCGCCUGACAUGGCUCGUUUAUAUCAUCGGGGCAGUGAUUGGUGGCAGGGUUUCAUUCGCCAGCACAGAUGAGCAGGAUGCGAUGGACGGCGAAUUGGUUUGUCGGGUAUUGCAGUUGAUGAACCUGACAGACUCUCGCCUGGCACAGGCUGGGAACGAGAAACUGGAGCUUGCCAUGCUGAGCUUCUUUGAGCAGUUCCGAAAGAUCUACAUUGGAGACCAGGUGCAGAAAUCCUCCAAGCUAUACCGCCGUCUCUCUGAGGUCCUGGGAUUGAAUGACGAGACCAUGGUCCUGAGUGUCUUCAUAGGGAAAAUCAUCACCAACUUGAAGUAUUGGGGUCGAUGCGAACCUAUCACCUCGAAGACGCUGCAGCUUCUCAAUGACCUCUCCAUUGGAUACAGUAGUGUUAGGAAAUUGGUGAAACUGAGCGCAGUACAGUUCAUGCUGAACAAUCACACGAGUGAGCACUUUUCUUUCCUGGGUAUUAACAAUCAGUCCAACCUGACCGACAUGAGAUGUCGGACUACUUUCUACACUGCACUUGGGCGCCUCCUCAUGGUGGACUUAGGGGAAGAUGAGGAUCAGUAUGAACAGUUCAUGCUGCCCCUCACCGCUGCAUUCGAGGCUGUGGCACAGAUGUUCAGCACAAACACUUUCAAUGAACAAGAAGCAAAAAGGACUUUGGUCGGCCUUGUGAGAGACCUGAGGGGAAUAGCUUUUGCCUUCAAUGCCAAGACCAGCUUUAUGAUGCUCUUUGAGUGGAUCUAUCCGUCCUACAUGCCAAUUCUACAGCGGGCGAUUGAAUUGUGGUACCACGACCCAGCCUGCACUACACCUGUGCUCAAACUGAUGGCAGAAUUGGUGCAUAACAGGUCCCAAAGGUUGCAGUUCGAUGUGUCCUCACCAAAUGGCAUCCUGCUUUUCCGGGAGACUAGUAAAAUGAUAACUACAUAUGGAAAUCGUAUCCUAACACUAGGGGAGGUCCCAAAGGAUCAAGUCUAUGCCUUGAAGCUCAAGGGGAUUUCCAUCUGCUUCUCUAUGCUGAAGGCUGCACUAAGUGGCAGCUACGUCAACUUUGGUGUCUUCCGUCUGUAUGGGGACGACGCACUCGACAAUGCCUUGCAAACCUUUAUUAAGCUCUUGCUCUCCAUCCCGCACAGUGAUCUUCUGGAUUACCCCAAACUCAGCCAGUCAUACUAUUCCUUACUGGAAGUUCUUACCCAGGACCACAUGAACUUUAUAGCCAGUCUAGAGCCCCAUGUAAUCAUGUAUAUUCUUUCUUCCAUUUCAGAAGGUCUGACUGCACUAGACACCAUGGUUUGCACGGGCUGCUGUUCCUGUUUGGACCACAUUGUCACGUAUCUCUUCAAGCAGCUGUCCCGCAGCACCAAGAAGAGGACCACUCCCCUGACCCAGGAGAGUGAUCGGUUCCUGCACAUCAUGCAGCAGCACCCAGAAAUGAUUCAACAGAUGUUGUCAACGGUGUUGAAUAUCAUCAUCUUCGAGGACUGCAGGAAUCAGUGGUCCAUGUCUCGGCCUCUGCUGGGCUUGAUAUUGCUCAAUGAAAAGUAUUUCUCUGAUUUACGGAACAGUAUAGUGAACAGCCAGCCCCCUGAGAAGCAACAGGCGAUGCACCUCUGUUUUGAGAACCUCAUGGAAGGCAUUGAACGCAACCUGCUAACCAAGAAUAGAGACAGGUUCACUCAGAACCUGUCUGCGUUCCGACGAGAGGUAAACGACUCUAUGAAGAACUCCACCUAUGGCGUGAACAGCAACGACAUGAUGAGCUGACACCUUCCCCUGACUCCACCUGUACAGAGCAGCAUCUCUUUGGCCUGGACCAGAGGGGUUAACGUUUCCGAUGGAAAGAUAAGAGGGCGUUUCUGAUCCCUACUCUUCCCUAGGGUUGGACUGCACUCCAUGUCCAAGGGAGGAGGGAACAGGAGCAGUGUUAAAGCUCACCAGGGCAGGGUGCUUCUGUUUCCUUGGGAGGGGGUGGGGGGCAUAGCCCAGGGGUGAGAAUCCAGCAUCUCCCUACCAGAAUGUCUGGGUGGAACCCUAGCACUCUGCUGCAGCCUGCCUUGUAUAAACAUGUACAUUUUUUCAUAACAUUUUGAACAAGGUUUAUAUUGACUCAGUUUAAAAAAAAAAAGUAUGAUUGAAAUUUUUACAGAGUCUAGUGCACCAAUGCUGAAGUGAGGAUUGUGUAUGUGAGUGAGGAAGGUGUGUCUCAUGCUGGCCUGAAGCUUUCUUGGGCAAGGGGGUGUGAAAGUGCAGAGAUAUAUUUAGUGACAAGUGUAGAGAGAAGCAAAAAAGUAAAAUUCCAAAUGUAUAUUUUUUCUUAUAAGCCCCUUUAAAUCACAACUUCCUGUUACUGUUUCCCCCUUGUUAUUAGGAACUCUAAGCCAUGCUGUAUGAUCAUCCAGCUGUGCUAGCCCAUGGGUGUCUCCCCUCUACCCUGUGUAACAGAUACUGUCCAGUUGUCAUUCAGCUUCGGGCCCUUGCCACUCAAUGUGUGAGUGCAGCAAGUUCUCCUUUUUUGGAUUGGGAUGCUUCUCCCCCUGCCUAUUCCCAGAAGCCCCACUACACUUUUUCCUUUUAAUUGUAAAUUGUCCUUUUGUUUCCCAUUCUGUAAAGCUGGAAGUGCAGGUGGAAUAAGAACCCUCUAAAGGUUGAGCUUGUCCAUAGUACUUGUAAAAAAUCACAGGCCCCACAGAGCUGCCUUUUUGUUAAGACACAAGUGGCGCUCCCCCUGAGCAAAAGAACUGCAUUGUCUUCCCUUGAGGUAGUGCACGUGUAUAUUUAUAUAUAGUGCACUCCUGAAUGUAUGACACAGCCAAGAACAUAGGAUUUGUGUUGAAUCUACCACCGUGGUGGUGGGUUCUUAAUAACAAGGUCUGCAUAGCAUGAAGUACCUAACAUCCCCCUUAAAACAAAUCCAUUUUUCUAAAUCCCUAUAUUAAAUGUUUUGGAUAUAAAAUUUACUUACAGAAGAAAGUUAAGGGGGGGGGGGGGAUGGGAAAACCUGUUUGCCUUGUACUUUUCCACUAUUGUUGCUGCUAGUUGUGUGCAUCUCUAGCUCAGCUCUAACCCCCGGACACUGUCCUUAGGUUUUAUUUCAAUUUCUCUUCCCUGACACCACCCACUUUUUUUUGUUCUUUCCUCUGGCGAUUGUGUGUUGGGUCCUUUUCUGUGUGAGCAGAUUGCUGGUUGACUUGUAAGGGUGUUUGCUGCAUACAGUGUAAGCAUUGUGACUGCAAAUAAACUUCAAUGGUUUCUA